AUGGACUACCUGACCAGGGAAUCUAGUCUGACCAGCACGGAAGUCGCAUCUGAAAUCAGCCCUGCCCUGGAAAGCCUGUGGCUGGCGGGUGUUGCUGGCGUCCCAGGGAACCUGUACUUCCGGGUCUGUUCCGGUUGGGAAGGAAGGAGCGCCAGCAGCCAAUCAGGCUCCGCCGAGCGGCUGUAUUUAACCCUUCGGGGUCCAGGCUCCCGGGACGGAGGGGACUUUUACGGAUCGUCUCUGAGGAAAUGGAAGCUCCAGAAAGAUAAAUACCUUCUCCCAAGUUACGCCGCCUGUAAAUGGCUGAGUCGGAACGAGGAGGAAGGGAACCAACGUGGAUACGGCACCUACUCCGCGUCCAAGAGCCUCGCAGAAGUCGUCUUCGCUUCUGCAGAGGAGAUUCAGGGAGGUUUAGGCACCACGCCGACAUCACACAGCGAUGAAGAGGCAGGGCUGGCAGUUGAACGUAGGUCUAGCCGACUCUUAUAA